UUUAUCUUUUCUUUUUUUUGGUUUUAUUAGAGGCUCGUCGUGUAACGGUUGAUAUGGGAAUAGCAUAGAAUUCAAUAUGCUCGUUCUUAUCCUCGAUGAAUGUUUUAUCUUCCAACUCCAUCACCAGUCGUGAAUGGCUCACUGAAUGAGAAUGCUUCGUUUAAUUCUUAAUAAGACAAGUUGUAUGUGUGGUUAAGAUUUUCUUUAUCGACUGUAUGCACACACAUAAUUUGUCGUAUUAAACUCUUAAAGCACAAUUGCUACUCUUAACGGAGUUAAAAAAUAAUACCGAAAAUAUUAAAAAGUUCAUCAAAAUUUUAUUUUAAAGGAUAACAACUGAUAGGCGACGAGUCUCAUCAAGAUGAAUAAAUAUUUACCAGUGCUUGUCUUCGUUUGAACAGAUGUCGGCGGUUGACAGCAGUCUAGCCGGUUUAACUCUCGACGACGUUUUGGGACACGCUAAACGGUCUGAACCGCCGCCCAGUCAUAACCAUACGCCUCCGGAGACUGUACGAGAUGAUCCAGCUAACAAGGACAAGAAGAGUUGGAAAUUGUUUCGUGAAAAGCUUAAGCUCAGGAAAACCGGUUCGGGUUGGACCUCCUCGAUUUCGAUCCCGGCAUCUGAUGUUAACAUUCAAGCUAAGAAACCCCAAAACCCGCGGCGUGUUUCCUUUGCUGAAACCAACCGCAUUGCCGAAAUAGGUGAUCGUGCUCCGGUAAGGAACCCCAGGGCGGCGCAAUUGGGUCGGAGGAGUUCCGUACGGUACGCACAAGAUCACCAAGAUCCCGUCGAUGCCGUUAUGCCCAGCGACGGUCCACCAUCAAGAAGCUUCAAGCCACAAAAUAUCCAUGACGACGACGAUGGUUCUCCUGGAUCAUCGCCAAAGGGAGCACAGAGGAUAUUGUCGGCAAGAGAAGCAGUGGCUUCACAAGAAGCAGCAGAAGCAGCCGCAGCUGCAGCAGCUGCGGAAAAAAACGAUUCAUCCGCGGCUGAGGAACCCGUUACGAUGUCGUUGAUGGAUUUGUUGGGUGAGUCAGGGUCGAGUUACAUGGGCGAAGACGAUGAGGACGAGUAUGACGAAGAUGAGGAAGAUGAGGAAGAAGAGAUUGUGCAAGCGAAGGGAAUUGAGUUCACGUGUUGCAUUUGUAAGGUGAACCUUACGAGCUCGGCGUUUAUGCCUUGUGGGCAUACUUAUUGUCGGCUUUGUUCGAAGGAGCUUUCGGUUCAGCGAGGGAAUUGCCCGCAUUGCAAUGGCUUUGUGUUGGAAGUUCUUGAGAUCUUUUAAUGUUUAAUUUUUGUUCUCAGUUCUUUUUGUUUCUUCUUCCUGUCUUGGAUUUUGCUCAUUACUUUUUUUAAUAUGAGUAGAUUAAAAAUCAUUUCUCAAUCUUUGAUUGUGGAGAAAUUUGUGUAAACAAUUUGUGCUUUGAUUUCUAAUUUUUCGCUUGGUUUUA